AUGACGAACAUUGAUGAUCUCGAGCUCGAGGCCGCUGGCUAUGAGGCCGCUAUGCCUCGCCGGUUCUCUAAAUGGUCUCUAGGAGCCUUGUCUUUUACCCUGACAUGCACGUGGCUAGGCACUGGUUCGGCGAUUGGUAUCGGUUUGACAGAGGCUUCGUCAGGCGGUACUAUCUGGGCUCUCCCAAUUGCUGGGGUCAUGACAACGAUAGUUUCAAUUGGAAUGGCCGAGCUAGCCUCUGCAUACCCAGUUGCAGGUGCCCAGUACUACUGGUCUUUUAUGGUUGCACGAGAAGACUAUAGACCCUUCGCUUCAUUUGUAAACGGCUGGAUGAGUGUCAUCGGUUGGUGGCUCUCUUCUGGAUCUGUCGCCAAUUUCGUCGCCUCCAUGGUUCUCGAUAUUACCGUCGCCUGGUAUCCGGACUAUGACCCAAAGCAAUGGCACGCGUAUCUGAUUUAUGUCUGUCUGAUCUGGUUGGCGGCGGCGAUCAAUAUCCUGAUGGCAAACUGGAUUCCUCUUUAUAACAAGCUGAUGUUUGUCUUGGCCGUGCUGACACUGACCUCCACGACGAUUGUGUUGUUCGUCGUCACGAAGGACCACGCCUCUGGCUCUGCAAUCUUUACCGAUACCACGAACCGGACGGGCUGGUCUUCCGAUGGAUUUGCCUUCAUGCUCGCCGUGGCAAACUCGGUUUUCGCCUAUCUGGGUAGCGAUUGUGGUGCUCACAUGUGCGAGGAGAUUCCUAACCCGUCUAAGAAUGUGCCCAAGGUCAUGAUCUACCCGCUCCUAGCAGGCUUUGUUACAACUUUACCCUUCGCUGCGGCUCUGCUAUACGCAACCCCUGAUAUUGAUGCAGUACUCCACACUGUGACCGGCCUUCCCCUGUUUGACAUCUACUACAACGGAACGGGCUCUCGAGUGGCAGCUUCGAUUCUCAUGGCUUUCUUCGCCUUUCUUUUCUUUAGUAACUUGGUGGCCAAUGCUACUACGGCAUCACGCACAAUAUGGGCCGUUUCCCGUGAUGGAGCGCUGCCUUACUCUGGGUAUUGGCAACGUGUACAUCCUGGUAUGCAAGUUCCCAUCCAUGCUCUUCUAUUAUCUGCGGUAUUCGUUUCGCUAUAUGGACUCAUCUUCCUUGGAUCCUCCACUGCUUUCUCGGCUAUGGUCAACGCAGCCGUCGUGUUUCUUCAAACGUCCUGCGUCCUUCCUCAGGCUGUUUUGCUAUGGCGCGGCCGCGAUCGGGUCCUUCCAGCACGCUAUUUUGAUCUCGGCCGGUACGGGUCUACUAUCAAUGCGAUUUCAGUCUUGUGGGUGGUGUUCCUCGAUAUCAUCUACUGUUUCCCCACUGAGAUGCCUGUGACCCCCGAGAAUAUGAGUUAUGUGUCAGUCGUUUGUACUGGACUUGUUUGCUUUGUGAUUGUGCUAUGGCAUGCCACCAAGAAGGGGAUUUUCAAAGGACCAAGGGUCGACUUCGGUAUGCUCAACGCUAGGAGAGAAGAAGCUAUUGAAGGUAUCUUGGUAGACAAUGAUGGCGUGAAAGAAAAAGAUAUCGGGGCAUAUAAGGGCGAAGUGAAGCUAGAAAGGGAUUAA